AAGCGUCAGUCAUGCCGCCCAACCGGUUUGUCAAGUUAAAGCGAACAAAAAAAUGGAACCGCCAACUAUUUUGAGAACUGGUGUGACGGAGAGAACGACUGUGGAAAAGCUGACAGAAUGGAGGGACUGUGUCAUGUUUUCAUCACAUGGAGAUUAUUUCAUUAAACCUGUGAUGAAAUUGUGAAUAGCCCUGUUACAACGAGAAUGAACAGGGAAAAUAAGGGAUGGGUUUAUGGAAAACAGUCUCAUAUGAAAAGGCCAGAUAUGCAAAUAAAUUCAACUGGACAAAGACUUUAUGACAGCGAAACACACAGACAGACAGAGACGACAACAAUGAAGGUCUCCACAAAGAAACAUUCAUAGUGUCCUUCAAGUAACGGCUAACGCAUCGGACAUGCUUCGAGAGCUUCCCUACAUGGAUUUACUUCAAGAGACUUGAAGAGCUUGAGAAGCUCUGACAACAUUUGUUGUGGAAACAACUGGUUAUCUGAUCUGAUUUGGACAAUGCUUUAACCCAGAAAAUAAUUAUUGGUGUAUAUUGCAGUUUGCACAGUGGCGUCUUGCUGAAACAGAAAACGUUAAACAAGCACAAAUAUAAAUCCAAGGUGGUCAAAAGUCGGGCAUGUUGGAAAACUCAAAGGUUUACAUCGAGCUGGGUGUCGCCAGGCUCAGGAACGUCCCCGAACCCCUGAAACCGCGGACAUCAGUGAGGGAUGAGAACCAUCUUAGCGUCUCUCCUGUGCCCUUGAUCUCCAGCGUUUCCAAUCCUAAUGAGGAACACAAUAAUGCACUUGGCAAUAGCACUUCUUCUCAGAACAUCCCAGGCACUUCCACAGAUUGGACUGAAGUUGACACCAUUGGCAGGAGACACAGUUUGACGACGCUCUCUGAGACCUCAAGGACUUCCAAUGCUGCCACUGAGGUUUCUCAAAACUCUCGCAGCAGGUUCAUAGUGGAUGAUGAACCUGUCGAAUCCCGUCGGAGAUCAGGCAGAGGCGUGUGUUCGUGUUUCCGCAAGGUGAAUAUGGCAUUUCUACGCUGUCUGGAGGAAACGCCGCUGCUGGUGUCUGGAGUAGUGCUAGCGAUCCUCUUCUGCGUGACCAUCAUCAUCAUCAUCCCCUCCACCGGCAGGAGCCUGAGCGUUCACGUGGCGGCGUUUGCAGUGGUGUGUGUGAUGGUGUGCGUUUGCGUGUCUCUGCUGGCGUGUUUGCCGUGUUUGCCGGUGGUUCGGCGAGGAGAAACGCCUCUCGCGCUCUUCAUCUGGUCCAUGCUCUUCAUCGUCGCCUUCGUCUUCAUCUUCACCGGAGGCGUCGUCACGGCCUGGGAACAGGUCGCGUUCUUCCUCUUCCUGUCGUUGUCCGUUUAUACAGUUCUUCCUCUCCCGCUCUCAUGGGCUCUGAGCUUCGGCAUCGGAACCAGUGUUUGUCACAUCGUCGUCAUCAGUGUGUAUGUGUCCGUCACCAGCCCUCAGACACAUGACCUGGCUGUGCAGCUGGUGGCAAAUGCAGUGCUGUUUGUGUGUGUUAACGCCGUGGGUGUGUUUCACCUGUGGCACACUGAACACGCACACAGGAAGUCCAGCAAGAAACGGGAAGAUUUCAGCAGAAACCGCGCCACACAAGCCAAACAGAAACGUGACCAGGAGCAUCUCCUGCUGUCGGUGCUGCCGCGGUACAUCGCCAUGGAGCUGAAGACGGAAAUCGUCAAGCGUCUGUCUGCGAAAUGCAGCGCCGAAGAGAACCGACCGAACUUCCACAGUCUCUACGUACGACAGCACAAAGACGUCAGUAUCCUGUACGCUGAUAUCGUGGGCUUCACGCACCUGUCCAGCACCUGCACACCUGAGGAGCUCGUCGCCGUCCUCAACAAACUCUUUGGCCGCUUUGACGACAUCGCUAAGAAGAACGGCUGUUUGCGGAUUAAAAUCCUGGGCGACUGUUAUUACUGCGUGUCGGGUCUUCCUGAUCCCAUCUCUCUUCACGCUCGGAACUGCGUUCAGAUGGGUCUGGACAUGUGCACGGCCAUAAAUAAGCUGAGGGAGGCGACGGACGUGAACAUCAACAUGCGCGUUGGCGUUCACACGGGUAACGUGCUGUGCGGCGUGAUCGGUCUUCAGAAGUGGCAGUACGACGUCUGGUCAGAUGACGUGACUCUAGCCAAUCACAUGGAGUCUGGAGGAGUGCCUGGGAGGGUCCAUAUCACAGAGGAGACGCUUGCUCACCUGGAUGGGAAAUAUCAGGUUGAGGAAGGAAACGGCGGGAGUCGCAAUUCCACUUUGAAGGAGAAGAGAACAUUCCUGGUCAUCGAUCCUAAUACAGACAACUCCAAUACAACACCUACGCCCAAUGAGCUGAAGGUGGACAACAAACUCGUGAACCGUCAGAAGCUUCGUGCGUCGGUUCGGAUGUCGCAGUACAUGAAGUCCUGGAAAACUGUCAUACCGUUUUCUGGACUCAACAAACCAGAGGACUCGCUCACAGCCCCGCCCACUGACAUCAGCCAACCACAGCCGGCCACAGAGCUCCCAGAGAACAACACUCCAAGAUCUUCACAAGUUCUGGAAAAUGGACUGAUGGACUCAUUAGACUCUUUGGAAAACGUAGGGAGACGAGCGAAGCUGAACAGUGUGACGUUGUUUUUUAAUAAUUUUCAGCUGGAGAAGCAGUAUUCGUUAAGUGAAGUCCAGGGGCUUCAUCACUCUGUCAUAUGUUUGGCCUUCAUCUUCUUGUCUGUGUUUGUGGUUCAGAUGCUGACCUCGCAGAAAAACUUUGCGUUGGCGGUGUCGUACGGUGCCACCUUUCCUGUCCAAAUACUGAUUUUGCUUGUGGUCUUCACUAAAUUCCUUAAGCGCUGGCGCUCUAAGAUUCCCCAAAGCAUUCGCUGGGUCUCGACGCUGUUCGACGCCGGGGCCGCCAGAGCGACACUGCGGCUGCUGCUGGUGUUGCUCUGUCUGCUCAUCACGCUGCUCAUGGCAGUGCUCAACAUAGUUUUUAUUCCAGGUGAUAAUUGUUUAAAUGUUUCCCACAAUGCAACAGUACUGGACACUCUGAAUCUCUACACUGUCCCGUAUUAUCUGUACUGCUGUCUGUUGGCGAUGCUCGGCGUCAUUGUGUUUGUGCGUGUGAGCGUGUCUGUUAAAGUCUUCCUCCUGACUCUCGCCGUGGUGGUUUAUCUCGCGCUCUUCCUGCACGUUUACGCGCCGCGCUCUGACUGCUACAUAAAACAGCUCUACAGCGACAACAGCACGCCGGGAGUUCUUAAGGAGCCCAAAAUCAUGUCUGGCAUUUGGCUGGUCAUUUUUUACCUGAUUUCCCUUAUUCUUGUGCGACAGGAUGAGUUGGGCUCCCGGACGGAGUUCCUGCUGGAGAAGUGUUUUAAUAAAGAGACGGAGGAAAUGGAGACGACCAAGAACGUCAACAGACUCCUUCUGCAGAACUUACUGCCAGAACACGUCACGGACUUCUUCAUCGGCAAAGACAUACAAAACCAGGACUUGUACAGUAAGUCGUGCGAGUGUGUUUGCGUGAUGUUCGCGUCCGUGCCGCAUUUCUUCAAGGAGUUUUACAACGAGAGCAGCGUCAACAACGACGGACUGGAGUGCCUUCGCUUCCUCAACGAGAUCAUUUCAGACUUUGACGAGCUCCUUAACAAGCCAAAAUUCAGCGCUGUUGAGAAGAUCAAGACCAUCGGCAGCACCUACAUGGCGGCGGCCGGACUGAUCAAACCUGCCAAGGCAGAGGAGAGACAAGCGUGCGACACGUCCUACGGUCACGUCCGUAGCAUGCUGGACUUUGCCAUCGCUCUAAUGGGGAGACUGGAAAACAUUAACAUGCACUCGUUCAACAACUUCAAACUGAGGAUCGGUAUAAAUCACGGUCCUGUGAUCGCAGGCGUCAUCGGCGCUCAUAAACCUCAGUAUGACAUCUGGGGAAACACGGUUAAUGUGGCCAGCAGGAUGGACAGCACUGGAGUGCUGGAUAAAAUACAGGUGACAGAAGAGACGGCGCAGGUGGCUCAAAUGCUGGGCCACAGUGUGACGUUGAGAGGAGUGGUCAACGUGAAGGGCAAAGGACAGCUGACCACCUACUUCAUCGACACCGAACAUUCAGUCCAGAAUGCUUAACAUCCAUCUGACAUGUUCUU